UCUAUUCACACACGUGAAGGUCAGGAACUAUUCAGUCAUUCGUAAUUAAGUCUCCGUACGGAGCCGUUGACAAACAACCCGUCUCUGUUGAAAUAUGGAUGGUCAAGGAGCGACAGCGGAUCCACAGCUUCAACACUUCAUAGAAAUUGAGUCUCAGAAACAAAGAUUUCAGCAGCUGGUGCACCAGAUGACGGAGGUUUGCUGGGAUAAAUGCAUGGAUAAACCGGGGCCAAAGCUGGACUCCAGGACAGAAACGUGCUUUGUUAACUGCGUUGAGCGAUUUAUCGACACCAGCCAGUUCAUCCUUAAUAGACUUGAACAGACCCAGAGGAGUAAAGGGGCAUUUUCAGAGACCAUGUCAGACUAAAUUCUCUGCCCCUUCAAGGACUGACAAAACAGAUACACACAGCUACUGAUCCAAGACAUGGCCCUUUGGUCCUGCCAGCUAUCUGUACGGAGCAAUGUGAGAACUGUCCAUCAACCCGGAGAAAGGAACAUGAAGUGUUAUGUUUGAUACAAAUACCUCAGGCUAAUGCCAUAUAUUCUGAGUGUGACUCAUUCAGGUCUUGGGCAGGUUUCUACCCCACUCAGUGAGGCAUGGAAAGGUCAAUUUGCUAGUGACGACUUCAUGUUACCAUUUUCUUUGCUUAAGUUGGAUUUCACACGCGGAUGUCGAGUCCCUUCACUGGCCAUUGUACAAUUUUGCUGGGUUAUCCUGACACCUACUUGUCACUAGCAAGUAAAGUGCAAAAGUACAUGGGGUCGUGGGCAAGACCCAACAUCAGGGACAUUCAGUCUGCCUCUUUUUUGACGGUCACCAGGAGUUCUCUGCAUUCUGUUCAAUAGGAGGCCAAAGAGUGUAUGGAUUGAAGAGGCAUAAUCAUGUAUCGCCACACACACAAAAAAGCGUUUGAAAUGUUCAUAUCUAAU